GCAGGAUGAACACAGCAACACCAGCCCCAGGUCCCUCAGCGGGGUCAUCCUGUCAGCGCUGGGGCCUAAGAACUCCUGGACUCGCUGCACUCCUACUGCUUCUGGUCCCGGGGGAACAGGAGCACGGGUGCCGCCUGCAGGAGCAGGUGGAGAAGGACAGCGAGCUGAAGAGGGGCAGCUGCCGACAGCCAGUUUGGUGGCAGCAGUGGGAUCCAAAGGAGACGCCUGAUGGCUUCGAGGAUGAGAAACAGUCAUUGGUACCAGCAAAACCUUUGAGUUCUCCAUCUUUUUCACUGUUUCUGAGGGCUGUGGGAGUUCGAGAUCCUGAAGAACUUCUUCUCGUCCUGCACUGUCAACUCUGCUCUGCAGAAAACCUUCACAAGCCACCUGAAGAACACACGGGGGAAGUUUCCCGGAGGGGCCCUCCACGUUUGCUCCCCCAGAGAGCAACCCCCAGAGAGUGCAGGAGAAGCAGCAGCAGCGGCAGGGGAAUGGGAUCAACCUUGAGAAGAGUACUGAGGAGCAGCUGUGGCACUCCCUGCAGGGGAGAGGAAGGAGGUGGAAAUCAGAGACCUUCUGGGCAGAACAGUCCUUGGCUUCACCCGCUGUAUCUUACAUUGAGUGGAAGAGUUUGAUACCAGAGAAGUGGGAGACCCAUCCAAUUGGCGGCUACACCUUGUCCUGCCAGCCAGAGCGCUAGACCUAGUUGGCCUGCAGAGUACGCAAGGCCAAGAAGAACCGGCCAUCAUCAAGGUCAGGGGUGAGUGAGUGUCUGGGCCGGGGUGACUGACUCCUAGGGGUUCAGUAAGGCUUUGGGCUAAGCGUGGCCUUGGGGAGUCGGAUAGCUGGCACUGGGAUCCCAGCUCCACUAUUGACCAGUCCUGUGACUGGGGUGACUCUCUUCAGCUUCCUGAGACUCCGUUUCCCCCUCUGUGAAAUAGGUAAUACUAAAUGAUCGCUCACGUGGCAGGGACGAAUGGGGUACUGGUGGCUGACAGCACUGAGCACAGGGUCUGGAGCACCCAGUGCAGUGGGGACAUGGUGGGGGGCCAUGAUUCUGAGGGAGGCCACGCAAGAUAACCCGACUCUUCU